CCUGCCCUGCCCUUCCCUUCCCUUCGUCAGCGGGGUCGGGGCCCGUCGGUCCGUCCAUCCGUCGGUCGGUCGGUCGUUCGGUGGGUCUGGGCCCCGGGCCGAUGGCGUCGAUGGCGGCGGCGAUCGCGGCCUCCCGCACGGCCGCGCUGAACGGCAACCGGCCGCUGGACGAGAAGGAGCGGAAGCGGUUCACCUACUUCUCGUCGCUGAGCCCCAUGGCCAGGAAGAUCAUGCAGGACAAGGAGCGCAUCCGCCAGCGCUACGGGCCCGACUGGGAGCGGCUGCCCGCCCGCCGGCAGGACGAGCUCAUCGACCGGGGCCUGCUGGGGCCCCACGUCCAGGCCCGCUACGCCGCACACUGCGCCAAGCCCUCCGGCCCCGACCCCGCCGCCGCCGACACCGGCCAGAAAGUCGUGCACUUCGGCGACGAGGACCUAACUUGGCAGGAUGAACACUCUGCCCCUUUCUCCUGGGAGACCAAGAGCCAGAUGGAGUUCAGCAUCGCCUCUCUGUCCAUCCAAGAGCCGAGUGGCAGCUUGACCCAGAACGACCAACGGCCGGCGGCCAAGCCCACCCUGGGCGCCAAGACCCCCGGCGCGGAUGGCCUUGGGGCACCCAGGAAGGAAGAGGAGUCGUCGUCCUUCUGGAAGAUAAGCGCCGAGCGCUCGCGGGUGGAGGGGACGCAGGCCGAGCUUCCCUCCCUGACACCCAGCCAGAUCAAGUCCCUGGAGAAAGGGGAGAAGGGGCUCACUCCCUACCUCCGUCCCGAGCCCGCCCCGUGGGACCGGGAACCGGCCAGGGCCGAGAGGCUCGGUCCCCCGCGGCAGGAGAGAACCCUCCUCCCCGGCCUGGCCUCCGAGCGGGAGAAAGCCUGGCCUGGCCCAGCGUCGCCCACCAAGGCGGGUGACUCCUGGCUCCCCGAGCCGGCCCACAUCCCGGCCUCCGCAGCCAGCAGGCAGGACGGCACAGGAAGCGACGAUGCAGCCAGUGACAGCGCGGGAGGGGAUACCUUUCUCUCUCAGACGGUUUCUGCGCAGCCCAACCCGAGCAAGGUCCUGUUGAAGACGGGAUUUGAUUUCCUGGACAACUGGUAGAAGUCGGCCAGAGCCGUUUGGGGGCGAAGAUCAAGAAAGAGGUGACCCUUCCCCCGGCCUUUCCCCUUACGACCUUCCUGUUCCUUUCCUCGGAAUCAUUUCCAAGGGCUAAGAUGUUACUGCCUUUGCCAAUUUUUGUUUCGAAAGACGAGGCGUGCUCAUCAUUCCGGUGAUUGGUCAAGGAUGAUCUUUUCUUGGGAUUUAAAAAAUCGGUGACCAGUGGAAUAAAUAGUAACUCCCCUCCCACCCCUUCCCAGAGAUUUUCUACAAAGAGCCAGAUGGAAACCCCACCACCGGGUGAGCCCCUCCCCAACCUGAGGGCCUAGGUCCAGGGGCUCCUUGCCAGCCUUUGGACCACCCCAGCGAGCGGGCAGAGCUGGGCCUGGGACAGCAUGCCCGUUCAGACCCAGAGCCCGCAGGGUCCUCCCUGGCUCAAGCCACCCUCCUGCCUGAGCGCUGCCCUCGGGGGCCUGGCUGGCCGGGAGGGGCCUCUCCUUCAGGGAAUCUUUGUGCCCACAGUGCCACCUUGGAAUCAGCCCCACGCAGGAGCGGUCAGAGCUGAGAACUUGGUCUGGCGCUUAGGCCUAGAUUAGCGUGGAACGGCGUUGGUCGCCACUCUGGCCAGGGGCUCCCCCAGAGCAAAUUGCCACUUGGGUCUGGUCAGUGCUGGCAAGGACGUGGGGCUGGAGGGUUCUGGAGAGAGAGCUAAGGAGCCCCUGCUCCGGGCCCUCUGGCCCCCGCAGGGAGAGGGAAAGUUGGACCGAGAUCCCCUCCUCCAUCCCCCAAGUCCAGAGUGCCCCCCAGGCUGGGCCUGCACCCUGGGUGGCCGGCCUUUUCCUUCCCUGCACCAACUCACCGGAAGCCUUGGCUCUGCCUAGCCUCAGGCCAGCAACAACCGGGUCCGGGGGGCGCAAGGCAGGGGUCCCGGGGCUCUGGUACCUUCUUUCUAGGGGAAAAGUCUGCCAAGCUGCUUCCCCACCACUGCCUCCGCGUUGGCUCCUCUUACUGGCUGGUCCAGCCAAGCUGGGCUCAUCCUUACCUUCUAGGAUGGCCACAGCGUGGAGAGGGCCAAGCUGGCUGCAGCAGAGGUUAGCGUGCAGUAGCCAAAAACCGCCCCAACCUCACAGAAGCUGCACAGGAACCCCAAAGUCUUCUCAGGAUCGGUGUUCCGCCCCCCACAAACUCCCCCUUCCACGGCCGUGCCCCUCCCAGGGGCCCCACCCCCAAUUUGGCUGAACACAGUCUGGGACAAACCCAGGUUUUGUCUUUUUACAUCUUAAGAAGCCAGGAAUUUUUUUAUUAAAAUCUUUUCAGCUGAAGCCAAGGCCCAGAUUUUUUAGUCCCCCGAGGCCCCCGGGCUCCAACUUGCCCACUGAGCACAACGCUUCGGGGCUCCACGUACCCUUGCCCCUCCCUCCGACCCAGAGGGUGGGAUAAUCUGGAGUCACCCCACUCCCGCCAGGGACCCCCACACCGGGAAUAGCCGCGGGUAGAUGUCGGGGGGCGGCUGGUGGGGAGGGUCUCUGUGAGUGCCUGUUCCACAGCCCAAGCAGCUGGCACUGGGGCAGGGGCGUUGCUUCUCCCGGUCUUUGAUACGCGUUUUCCAGAAAACCUUCUUACUGACAUCUGUACUUGGCCACAUUUUGUAUUAACAUUAACCUUUAAUAAAUAAAUCACUGAGAGCA